AUGGGCCCCGGCGGCCCCGGCUCCAACGGCACGGCGGUACUCCCGGGCGUCCCCAUCUCCGACAGGGCGGCCUACCUCGCCCAGGUCUACAUCGGUGUCAGCUCAGUACUGCUCCUUUUCUGCGUCAUCGCCUUCUUCACCCGGAUCUACCAAAGGAUACGGCCGGUAUGGAAGGCCGGGCUGGAUGACUACUUUAUCGUGGCCGGCUUUGCCCUCACGGUCGCCGACUACGCAAUGCUCAUGCCGAUGAUGGUCCCGCAACCAGGGUUCAUGCCGUUCGACAAGGCAGCCGAGGCCGGCAAGAACUCGUGGCUGGCCAUCGCGGUGUGGGGCCUGUCCAUGACGUGCAUCAAGGUGUCGAUCGCGCUCACGCUGCUGCGGAUCCAGGGCAAGGAGCGCGGCUGGCGCAUCUUCCUGUACGCCAUCAUGGGCGUGCAGGUGGUGUACGGGAUUGGCAACACGCUCUUCAACCUGGUGAUCGCGUGCCAGCCGCUCGAGGCGGCGUGGAACCCCUUCGUACCCGGCGCGCGCUGCGUGUCGUACGAGGUCAUGCGCGGCGUCUCCAACCUCGGCAGCUCCAUCAACAUCACCACCGACGUGCUGCUGUCGCUGUCGCCGGCGACCUUCCUGCGCAAGCUGAACCGCCCCAUGCGCGAGCGCAUCUUUGUGUGCGUGCUCAUGGGCAUGGGCCUGUUCGCCAGCGUGUUCAGCAUCGUCAAGACGGUCAUCAUCAAGGACUGGGGCGACCCGAUGGCGGCCGGCGACUUCUGGGCCAUGGGCGUCUCCAUCAGCACCUUCACCGUGCUGGAGCAGCUGCUCGGCGUGCUCGCCGCCUGCGUGCCGGCCAUGAAGGGCAUCUUCCAGCGCUGCCUGGGCGCCGUGGGCGUGUCGCUGACGGAGAACAAGUCGCAGGCCCAGCGGUCCGGGUACUACAUCGGGCGGGGCGGCACGGGGACCGGGGGGAUGAGCCGCACGGGCGGCAUGGACCCGACGGAGACGUACAGGAGCCAGAAGGGGGAAGGCUACCGGCCAGACCAGCGCUUCUCGCGGCGGGGGAAGGAGAUGGAUGAUGACGAGACGUGUAUUGACUUGCCGGACUUGAGCAGGCCCGAGUCGACCAAGUCUGCCGGGGAUCGGUCGUUGAGCCAUUCCGGGCAGGGGGAUUCCAGGGGACAUUCGGUCGAGCAGUUACCUGCGCAUGCUGUAUGA